GAAAUUGAAAGAUAUUUCUAAAGACAUUUUUUUAGAUUUGACUGACAGUUUGAUAGUUUCUCAAGCAUUCGUGUUUUUCGCUGCUGGUUUUGAAACCUCAUCGACAGCGAUGGCUAACGCGUUUUACGAGCUGGCUUUAAAUCAGGAAAUACAGAACAGGUUGCGUGACGAAAUUGAUCAGGAAUAUAUAAAACAUGCUGGCAAUUUAACAUAUGCAAACAUCAAGGAAAUGAAUUACUUGGAUAAAGUAUUCAAAGAAGUCUUACGAAAGUAUUCAGCUGGGCUUUUCUUUACGAGAAGAACGAUGUCAAGUUAUACUUUCAAUGGUACCAAAGUUAGUAUACCGAAAGGCCAAAUAAUAUUGAUUCCUUGGCAAGAUAUGCAUCAAGAUCCGAACAUUUAUCCAGAACCGGAUGUCUUCGAUCCAGAAAGAUUUAAUGAGGAAGCUGUGAGAAGCAGGCAUCCGAUGGUUUAUCUACCCUUCGGUGGCGGACCAAGAAAUUGCAUUGGUUCCCGUUUCGCUGUUUAUCAGACUAAACUUGGGCUCAUAAAGAUAUUACGAAACUACAAAGUCGAGCCUUGUGAGAAAACGCAAAUACCUUAUGCGAUCGAUGAUAAACAUUUUUUAUUAACGCCAAAGGAUGGAAUAUAUUUAAGAAUAAUUAAAAUUAAUCGAGAUUAAUUUAAGCUUUUUUUAACUCUCUCUCUCUCUCUCUCUCUUUCCCUCUUAUAAAACAUGCGUGUAUAGAACUUGAUUAAGAAAAUCUCUGUCAAGAAAUGUAAUAAUAAAAGUCACUUUUUCCACUACAA